AUGGCGGCGGCAUCGUCGUCGCGUCGCUCGCAGCCGCAUCAUCAUCACCCCCCUCACCCUCCAAGUCAUCACUCCGUCCAGACGCCCGUCUCUCCGCCUCGCAGCCCCAGCCUUUCUCCCACCGGAGCUUCCCCUCAGCAGCGGCCCACUCUGGCCGGACUCGAGGGCGAGGCUCCUGCCAGCGGCGGCCGGGAAGGGCCGGCGGUAACGGAGAGGCCUUUUUCCCCAGAGAGCGCCGGCGAAAGCUCCGGGCCUCCGCCGCCGCCAGGCUCCGGGGCUAGCAGCGCCGCCAGCAGCAGUAGCAGCUCCGGGUCUUCGUCGUCCUCGUCUUCCUCUGCUGCCUCCAGCCCGGCUGCUCCUGACAGCCCCGACCCACCCCCUCCGCCGUCGCAGCCGCUCCCUCCGUCGGUGGGCAGCGGCGCUUUUCGGGAGCUGCUCGAGGCCUGCCGCAAUGGGGACGUAACCCGGGUCAGGCGCCUGGUGGAUGCUACCAACGUCAACGCCAAAGACAUGGCCGGGCGGAAAUCCACCCCUUUGCACUUCGCGGCAGGUUUUGGAAGAAAGGACGUUGUGGAACACUUGUUACAGACAGGAGCUAAUGUCCAUGCUCGUGAUGAUGGUGGACUGAUACCUCUUCACAAUGCCUGUUCCUUUGGUCACGCUGAGGUAGUUAGCCUCUUGCUGUGUCAAGGAGCAGAACCAAAUGCCAGAGACAACUGGAACUAUACCCCUCUUCAUGAAGCUGCAAUCAAAGGCAAGAUAGAUGUGUGUAUUGUACUGCUGCAACAUGGAGCUGAUCCAAAUAUUCGGAAUACAGAUGGAAAAUCAGCUUUAGAUCUUGCAGAUCCUUCUGCAAAAGCUGUACUUACUGGUGAAUACAAGAAGGACGAACUCUUGGAAGCUGCUAGGAGUGGCAAUGAAGAAAAACUAAUGGCUUUGUUGACACCUUUAAAUGUGAAUUGCCAUGCAAGUGAUGGGCGAAAAUCUACCCCAUUACAUUUGGCUGCAGGAUAUAACAGAGUUCGUAUAGUCCAGCUUUUACUUCAGCACGGUGCUGAUGUCCAUGCAAAAGAUAAAGGUGGACUUGUGCCUCUACACAAUGCAUGUUCCUAUGGACAUUAUGAAGUUACAGAAUUGCUGUUGAAGCAUGGAGCCUGUGUUAAUGCAAUGGAUCUCUGGCAGUUUACUCCAUUACAUGAAGCCGCUUCCAAGAAUCGUGUGGAAGUUUGUUCUCUAUUACUCAGCCAUGGUGCGGAUCCAACAUUAGUCAACUGUCAUGGCAAGAGUGCUGUGGAUAUGGCACCAACACCUGAGCUCAAAGAGAGGCUCACCUAUGAAUUCAAAGGACACUCCUUAUUACAAGCAGCAAGGGAAGCUGAUUUAGCCAAAGUCAAGAAAACACUUGCCUUGGAAGUCAUUAAUUUUAAGCAGCCACAAUCUCAUGAGACAGCACUGCACUGUGCUGUGUCUUCUCUUCACCCUAAACGGAAGCAAGUCACUGAAUUACUGCUUCGAAAAGGAGCCAAUGUCAAUGAAAAAAACAAGGAUUUCAUGACUCCUUUGCAUGUGGCUGCUGAACGAGCACACAAUGAUGUUAUGGAAGUCCUUCAUAAGCAUGGAGCAAAGAUGAAUGCACUAGACACCCUUGGACAGACUCCUUUGCACAGAGCUGCUUUGGCAGGUCACUUGCAGACAUGUCGCCUCCUGUUGAAUUAUGGUUCCGACCCCUCCAUCAUCUCCUUACAAGGUUUCACAGCAGCACAAAUGGGCAAUGAAGCAGUGCAGCAGAUACUGAAUGAAAAUACUCCAAUACAUACCUCUGAUGUAGAUUAUAGACUGUUGGAAGCAUCUAAAGCUGGAGAUUUAGAAACUGUAAAGCAACUAUGCAGUUCGCAGAAUGUGAAUUGUAGAGAUUUGGAGGGACGUCAUUCAACCCCAUUGCACUUUGCUGCAGGUUAUAAUCGAGUUUCAGUAGUUGAAUACUUGCUUCAUCAUGGAGCAGAUGUACAUGCAAAGGAUAAAGGUGGAUUAGUACCUCUACAUAACGCUUGUUCGUAUGGACACUAUGAAGUUGCAGAGUUAUUAGUGCGACAUGGAGCUUCUGUCAACGUUGCUGAUUUAUGGAAGUUUACACCACUACAUGAAGCAGCAGCAAAGGGAAAAUAUGAAAUCUGCAAGCUCCUCCUCAAACACGGAGCAGAUCCAACCAAGAAGAACAGAGAUGGCAACACUCCUCUAGACUUGGUGAAAGAGGGAGACACUGAUAUCCAGGACCUGCUGCGAGGUGACGCUGCGCUGCUGGAUGCUGCUAAAAAGGGCUGCCUGGCACGAGUUCAGAAAUUAUGCUCUCCAGAAAACAUCAAUUGCCGUGACACCCAGGGACGAAACUCCACCCCAUUACAUCUUGCUGCUGGUUACAAUAAUUUAGAAGUUGCUGAGUAUCUUCUAGAGCAUGGUGCUGAUGUUAACGCUCAAGACAAGGGAGGAUUAAUUCCACUACAUAAUGCAGCAUCCUAUGGGCAUGUGGAUAUAGCAGCUCUAUUGAUUAAGUAUAAUACCUGUGUAAAUGCUACAGAUAAAUGGGCAUUUACGCCAUUGCAUGAAGCAGCACAAAAAGGAAGGACGCAACUCUGUGCUCUACUUCUAGCUCAUGGAGCAGAUCCAACAAUGAAGAAUCAAGAAGGCCAAACACCUUUGGAUCUUGCCACAGCUGACGAUAUCAGAGCCUUGCUUACUGAUGCAAUGCCUCCUGAAGCCUUGCCAACAUGCUUUAAACCUCAAGCCACUGUUGUUAGUGCCUCAGUCAUUUCACCAGCAUCCACCCCAUCCUGUCUGUCUGCUGCCAGCAGUAUAGAUAACCUUGCAGGACCUCUGGCUGAAAUUGCAGUGGCCGGCGCAUCUAAUGCUGGAGAUGGGGCAACAGGAACAGAGAGGAAAGAAGGAGAAGUUGUUGGUCUUGACAUGAAUAUCAGCCAGUUCUUGAAAAGCUUGGGUCUGGAGCAUCUCCGGGAUAUAUUUGAAACGGAACAGAUUACCUUGGAUGUACUAGCAGACAUGGGUCAUGAGGAGUUGAAAGAAAUUGGCAUCAAUGCCUAUGGGCAUCGUCAUAAGUUAAUAAAAGGUGUAGAGAGGCUUCUAGGUGGGCAACAGGGUACCAAUCCUUAUCUGACUUUUCACUGUGUCAGCCAAGGGACAAUUCUUAUAGAUCUUGCUCCUGAUGAUAAAGAAUACCAAUCUGUAGAAGAGGAGAUGCAGAGCACCAUCAGGGAACACAGAGAUGGUGGUAAUGCUGGGGGAAUCUUCAACAGGUAUAAUGUCAUUAGGAUUCAAAAGGUUGUGAAUAAAAAAUUAAGGGAGAGAUUUUGUCAUCGUCAGAAAGAAGUCUCAGAAGAAAACCAUAAUCAUCACAAUGAACGCAUGUUAUUUCAUGGCUCUCCUUUUAUUAAUGCUAUUAUCCAUAAAGGAUUUGAUGAAAGGCAUGCAUACAUUGGAGGGAUGUUUGGAGCUGGGAUUUACUUUGCAGAAAAUUCCUCUAAAAGUAACCAAUACGUAUAUGGAAUUGGAGGAGGCACAGGUUGUCCUACACACAAAGAUAGGUCCUGCUAUAUCUGCCACAGACAGAUGCUUUUUUGCCGUGUGACAUUGGGAAAGUCCUUCUUGCAGUUUAGUACCAUGAAAAUGGCCCACGCCCCUCCAGGGCAUCACUCUGUCAUUGGCAGGCCAAGUGUCAAUGGACUCGCCUAUGCUGAGUAUGUCAUCUAUAGAGGGGAACAGGCUUACCCCGAGUAUCUCAUUACAUACCAAAUUGUAAAGCCAGAUACUCCUUCACAGACAGCGGUGGCUGCGGAACAGAAGACCUAGUAGAUGCUGGUUCAUUGAAGUAGAUUACGUGACUUAUGUACUGGAUGGUUGAGAUUAGUUUCAAAACACCAACAUUCUAUGGAAUUCUCAUCAUUCUGGAACUGCUUUAUGUGUUUUAUAAAGCAUUGCUCUGUAAAUGAAUCUGAGUACCUGAUCUGUACUCAGUUGCUACUAUUCCUUUUGAGGAAAUGUUUACAAAGAUUUGCCUUUUAACAUCCUUUCUCAGGCUCACUUUCCCUGCAGUUGCCAUGGGUGUAAUGAGAGCAUCACUGCUUCAGUAUGGAUAUAUGGAAACGUAGUUUGUAGUGCUGCGCUACAACUCUUUUGAAAGAACAGCAGCGAAUUCUGAUGCAACAGCUGUAGUGAAGUGCAGAGCUUCUAUUGAACCCAUGCCAUCCCCUCAGCAUUCAAGGCUGGUUUUUCUUUU